AUGAGUGAAUAUAUUUUUAACAAAACUAAAAAUAGGAACACCAAAAAGAUUAAUAAAAUUACUUCUAAAAUCAAUGAUACUGAAAAUAAAUUAGAAAGAUCUUGGGUCGAAAAUUUAACUACCGUCGAAAUACCUAACGACGUACAAGAGAUUUUAAGUUUAGGAGACAACUUUGCAGUUCCUAUUCAUAAUAAAAACGAAAUUCCUGUGUCUGAUAUUAUAUGUUCGAUUGAAAAUUCAAUUUCUAAUUUAAAUGAAACUUCACAACAUCAAAUAAGAACAAAGUGCUUAUGGAUUAAAGAAGAAUGGAAUCAACGGGAUUUAAGUAAUGAGGACAACGUAGCAGACCCAAAUUUUACGCCUGAAGUAGAGUGUCAUGUACAAUUAAGUGUUCCGUCAUGCUCUUAUGCCCCUAAAAAAUCGAGAAAAAGUAAAUUCGAUAACUUUUAUGAAAUUGCCAACGAUCGGUUAAGCGCGACAUGCAAAUUAUGCUUAUCUGUAAAGAAAAAAAAUGUUAAGCUGAGUAUGUCCCACAGAAGCACAUCGGGAUUAAGAAAACAUCUACGCCGUGCUCAUAUAGACGAGUACAAUCUACAGUUUCCGGAAAAUAUUGUGCCAACAGAUUCCCCUCAGAAGACUUUGAAAUAA